AUGAUGAAUGUUAACUCAAGAUCAGUCCUCCGACCAGAAUAUCUAGAUCAUUCCUUCAAUUUUUCUACCUCACGUGGUUACGAAAAUUGCAAUGGUAUGCCAUCGAAGAGGGUUAACACCAAUACUGCCCCUGUCUACCGUCAUGAAGAAGGUUCCCAAUCUGUAAGUUGUCGUACUGGCCGAAAACGAGCUCGCCCUUCUGCCGUGCCAAGCAGCAGUCAUUAUGUCAGUCCCAGUAAUCCGUCUGGAAAAAUUAUAUCUUAUGAUUCCGAUUCCGCCAACUCUGUAAAGAGCUCACAUGACAAUUCUUCGUCGCCAUGCCCGUCAUAUGUGUCAAAAUAUUCUGGUGAUUCCACUGCUCGUAAUUAUGAUUCCAGGUCUCAUUCGCGACCCAGCCGUCCUGCAAGUGUAGCAAGCACAUCCGUUACAAGAUCACAGUCACAUGGUCAAGCAGAACAAAUCCGCAGGUCGCGGGAGUCCAUUACAUUUGCCCUUAUCAACGCACAAUUGUCUAAGCCACCUCUCAGCAAGGUAAGAGACAUGUAUAUGUCAACCCGAAGCGGAUCUGGACAAGCGAAUUCUUCUGCGCGUACUACCAAGAAGGCAAAUCUUUCCGUCGUUAACGCUAUUAUAAGCUGCCGUAUAAGAAAAUAUCUAAUUGAAUUACGUGAGUACAUACGCCGUUGUCUGGACGCAUUAUUCUCCCACAUGUUUGAAGAUUAUGAUGUAUCGAAUAGGGAUACCCUGGCAGCUGAUAUACUGGGAAUAUCACUCCUACCGUGUAGUCCUGAAUGUGAAUAUUGUCCAGGAAUUAUGGAAAAGACUGAACAUCCCAGGCUGCGAAGACGUGAGUCUAAGAGUUUCAAUUUACACCCAACUCAUCCAGUUACUCAGAUACCAAGUACUUCUAGUCAGUUUCCUGGUUCAUUACCGCACUUGACACAACCAUCGAUUUCAGCUUGUCCAAAUCAAAUGCCUCACCCUCAAAUUCUACCCCGAGAUUCUGCAGUACUGAAUGUUAACUCCGAGAAUAACAUCUGUCCUAACGAAUCAAGUCCAGCGGAAUGUCAUCUUGGCGAUUCGCCUGAUACCUCUUUCAACUGCAAACUCAGUGAGUACACAUUUCCUGAAUCGAGUGCACUGUUAGAGAGACCUUUACCUUCAUACCACAUAGACGACUCUGAUUCCCCCAACAGGAGUGUGGAACUGGACAGUACAUCGCUCCAAUUGUCAGACGAUUUUGACAACUCAGAUUGGCGAGCGAAUGAUGUUGAUUUUGGUCCAUGUAAAGAAGAGCUUGGUGACUCAGAUUCCUUAGCUUUCGAUUCCAGUUCCGGUACUCCAUCCAGAAAUGAUGACAGCUUUUUCGACCCAGCAUAUGAUGUUGGUGAUCUAAUGCAUCACUUUACUAUGGAUAAAUAUCCAGGUCUCCAGCUCACCAUAAGUCCAUAG